AUCCUUCCUUGACAUUGAGAAACGCCUUUGGUCUGCAGACAGAUCCUUCUUGUCGUUAAUUAUGUGGCUGGCCGGACAGGCACUUCUGUUGAAAUUCAACUGAUUGCUGUAAUUACUCAAGAGGGGUCAUGCCGAGUAUGCAAGGAAGAAGAGUGUGGUGGAGUUUUCUGCCAAAGCAUCUUAAGACUCCAUCAGACAGAUCAUCCAAAGGCAGGGAAACUGCUAUCAGGAUCUGAAAUAGCCUUUAUAUGCAUAUAAUCAGAGACCUGAAGUUCCUGUCAGUGAACAGGAAUGCAAGUACCGCGAUUUAACUCAUUAUUUAAUAUGAGGUUGUAAAGAAAGAAAUAGAUUCAUGAAAUCUGAGGGUGAAACGUUUUCCUUCGAUUUGAUGGACUAAAGUGGACUAAAUCCUCUUUUGCACUUCAUAUGGAUAUGUUUUUGCUGAGGACUAUUAUAUCCACCAUUGCUGUCAUCAUCGCUACUAAUUUUGAACUUUGCAUCUGUGGAUGUGCCCGUGCUGAAUAUGAAAUAAAAGGAGAAUGUUGCCCCAUGUGUGCCCCUGGGAACCGUGUUUAUUGGCAUUGUACUAUAGACACCAGUACAACAUGUGUUCCUUGUCCUCAAUCAACUUACACAGAUGAACCCAAUGGACUCACAAAAUGUUUUUCCUGCACUGUGUGUGAUACAGUCCAACACUUAAAAGAGAAAAAGGCCUGUACACGCUCUGCAGAUACAAUUUGUGAGCCUCAGGAAGGAUUCCAUUGCAUUAAACUAAAUAAAGACUCCUGUGCAUUAGCAGUGGAACACACUGAAUGUAAACAUGGACAAUAUAUCAAACAAACAGGAACAGCAUUUACGGAUACUGUAUGUGCUGGCUGCACAGAUGGAACUUAUUCAAAUGGCUCUCUGACAGCCUGCUUACCACAUACAAAGUGAGAAACUUUGGGAUUUACAGAAAUAAAAGCAGGAACAUCGUCCUCUGAUGCUGAAUGUGAGAAAGUGACUACGGUUGGUCUUAUAGUUGGAGUCACUAUUACAGUUCUUGUAGCUGCUGUGGCUGCUGUUAUAUCAGCAUUCAUCAUAUACAGAAAACAUAAAGCAAGGCGUUCUAAGAAAUCAGGUGACUGUCGCACCCCACAAGAAGCAACUGAGGAUGAUGAAACAACGUUUCAGACUCCGCUGAACCUACUUUGAUAAACCAGUGUUAACAGAAUCGCAACAUGUUUUUUUCUCCACUAAGAAACAGAAAAGUAUGUGCUGACAUAAAGGACACUUAUAAUGUUAAAGUGUAUGUUGAUUUUAUGAAUAUUGUUUUUAAAUUUAAAUAAUAAAACUUA